AUGUCAGUCAAUGGACGUCCUCAUGCUGCUUCCGAGCAUUUAUCUGUAGAAUAUGCCAAGCCGCGUAAUAGCCCUUGCUAUCGUAUACGCCGCGAUCUAUAUAGCCGCGCACAUUACGUACACAUAAUAUACUCGUUCGCGGUGUCCAACUCUGUAUCGGUUUUCCCUGCCGAGGCUGCUCUAGCGUGUCGAUUAUUAUUAAUAUUGACUCUCUGCUCUCUGUGUGCUCUGGGCAGUGAUCGUUCGGUAACGGCCGAGAUUGCUACGGCUACUACUACUACGACCAACGACGACAACAGUACCUGCAACAGCAAAAAAGGCAACAGCAACAGCAACAUGGAACUCUCGACGCUUAGCCUGAAUUUCGGCUCGCUGAAUCUUCUCGAGCUCUGGAAGAAUCGCUCGGGCGCCACAGCGACCAGCAACAACGGCAACGUCGGAGCGACGGACGAGAAAUCCACGACCUCCGGAGCGCCGGAGCAGUUGGAGAUCAUCACGCUCGACCAGGUGGCCUGGCACGACACCCUCGAGGACUGUUGGCUCGUCAUCUGCGACUACGUGUACGACUGCACCGAGUUUCUCAGGAGCCAUCCGGGCGGCCAGGACGUGCUUCUGGAGUACGCGGGCCGCGACGCCACUCUGGCCUUCGUCGGCUACGGUCACUCCAAGGGCGCCAAGAGGAUACUCAAGAAGUACCUGAUCGGUGAGCUGCCGCUCGAGGAGAGGAUAUUUCGCACCGAGAACGGCAUCAAAGUUGGUGACUUUGACUGAAGUGUGUCCUCUCCCAGUGCUCACGAUAAUUGAAUCACUUGACAUAAUAUAUUUGCUGUUUCUCUCGGCUAAUUUUGUUUUUCGAGGAGCAAAAAAGUUGACGUAUAGCUUUUUUGUUUCGAACUUACUCGAAAAGCCAAAAAACUUUUCUCUCUCGAUUGAAAAAAAAGAAGAAGAAUUUCAAUGAUUCGUGUAAUGCGAGUGCGAUAAUUGUCGGUUUACGGGUCUCCUCGCUCAUUAAAAGCAUUUAUCAUGCGACGAACUGAUGAACAAGGUCGUGCGCGCGCUGUGUGAACCGCUGCCUUCGAUAUAUUACACUGCCGAAUGUACAAAAAAAAAAUAGUGAAAUUACAUAUCUUUACACUUACGCAAGACUAAAUUUUUCUAUCUCGCUCCUGUAACAAACGACAUUCGAGGCGUGAUAUUACUUUGAUUGUAUUUGUUAUUCAAUAAGCAAAAAUAUCUUGCACGAUGAAAAGCAGAACGACGUACGUCAUAUUAUAGUUAAAUUAAGGUAAUUAUAGAUGUUUAAAUACAUUAAAAAAAAAAGAGCAAGUGAAAAUGAUCUGCUAAAAAUAUAAAUACGUGCCAACAACGUUUUUAUAUUAUGAGUUUAACGAUUAGUCGGUAAUGUUAUUAAUGUCCGUUUGUUCAACUAGAAUACUCGAUCGGCACUCGAGUGAGACGUAUACAAAGAGAGCAAAUGUGCAACACGGAUAAAUACACAACAUGUACAAUCGCGCAUCGGAAAAUUUAUUUGCGUAAAUUUCUAUUUGCAUGUAUACGCGAGAUGGGGCGCUCUCGGCUCAAUACGAGAACAAAUAAUAAAAGUGAAAAAGACGUGAAAUCCAUUUGUAUUAAAUCUCUCUUUGAGUUGAUUUCUGCCCCUGAAAAUUUAGUCUUGAAUAAAAAAAAAACAACGACGAAAAUUGUGGCCAUAUGUACUCAAUGUUACUUUUAGUACGUUACGAUAUUUUUUUAUACGCAAUGAUAUAAACUUAAUUGCUCAUAGAUAUUGUCUUACAUAAACUAGGAACAGAUCUAAUUUUAAGGAAAAAAAAACAUCAACUUGUAAUUUUGUGAAACUAGUCUUCUGUUUUUUGAUACUUGAAA